AAUAUGGGAGACCCGACCCGUUUGGAUCCAUAAGAACCCAAAUUCAAUCGGAGUCAGAGACAGAAGAGCCACUUGCGCUCUCUUCUUCUCUUCUCUCAAGCCGCCAUUGGUUUAUUAUAGAGAAGAACUUGAAAAUUUUUGAUUUCGAUAGUAGGGGAGCUUGAAAAUUUUCGCCAUUGUUUUUCAGUUUUGUAUGUUCUUGGUUAAAUUGUGUUUGAUCUAUAAAGAUGUCUAGUAAGAAAGAGGAGAAAGCUCAGGUUGCAGCUGAUAGAAUCAAGGCUGCUGCAAUGACAGCUGCGAAAGGUCUUAGUCGGGCUCAGGCCGAACGAGCAGCUGCAGCAGCAGCUAGGAAUGUCAAUGCUUAUGGUCAGAAAGAAGAAGGGCCAAGUAGAUGGCAGGAAAAGAGAGAAGCCAAGAGACAGAUGUACUUGAUGAGUACCGAGAAGGCUGUAAGAUUGGGCGAGCGAAAGGAUCUCAAGACUAAUGUGGCUACUGUUGGUGGUGCGGCUUCACAAUGCCAAAAGUGUUUUCAACCCGGGCAUUGGACGUACGAGUGUAAGAACGAACGAGUUUAUAUCUCGAGGCCAUCUCGAACUCAGCAGCUGAAGAAUCCAAAAUUGAAGAUGAAGGUUUCGGUUCCAGAUGAUUUGGAUAACCCCGAUAUUAAAGAGGAGGAAGAAGAGGAGAAAGUGAAAGCAAAAGUGAAAAGCAAAAUAAAAUCUAAAAAAAGCAAAAGGAAGCACCAUUCUGAUUCGGGUAGUGAUAGUGAGGCUUCUGUUUUCGAGACUGAUAGCGAGUCACCAUCAGGGACAGGUUCUGAUUCUUCUUCAGACGAGAGUAGUACUACCGAUUAUAGUUCAUCCUCUGAUUCUGAAGAGGAGAGGAGAAGGAGAAGGAGGAAGAAGAAGAAACAAAAGAGGGGGAGACGCAGCAGGUACAACUCAUCUUCCGAGUCUUCUGAUUCUGACUCGGCAUCAGAUUCUGAUUCUGAUGAUAGACGCAGCAAGAGGAAGAGCAAGAGGCACAGCAGAAAGCGUUAACCGAGAGCCGAGCAAGGAAGGAGGAGGACAAGAACAAGGUGGAGCCAUGUAAUUACUUUAGGUUCAUGUUUGCAUUACUUAUUGACCUAAUAAUAUAAAAUCUAUAGAUGCUCCAAAUGUUUGCAGUAGUAUUAGUAGUUGACUUCAUUAGGCUUUUCAUUUUGUUUUUGACUUGUGUAAUUCUAUAUGAGGUUGUAAUGAGUUUUCUUUGGUUGAUAUUUUUAAUUUUUCUGCUUCA